GGGGCCGGGGGGGCCGGGGGGGCCGGGGGGGCCCUGCAGUUCCUGGCGCUGGGCGACUGGGGGGGGCUGCCCGAGCCGCCCUUCGCCACCCCCCGGCAGCGGGCCACGGCGGCGGCCAUGGGGCGGGCGGCCGCCACCCCCGGCGCCCACUUCGUCCUCGCCCUGGGCGACAACUUCUACUACGAGGGGGUGCGCGACGAGCGGGACCCCCGCUUCCAGGAGACCUUCGAGCGGGUGUUCACGGCGCCGGCGCUGCGGGAGCUGCCCUGGUUCGUGAUGGCCGGGAACCACGACCACGCGGGCAACGUGUCCGCCCAGGUGGCCUACACGCGCCUGUCCCCUCGCUGGCGCUUCCCGCACCCCUACUACAGCCUGCGCUGGGAGCUGCCGGGCGCCAACGUCUCGGCGCGGCUGCUGGUGCUGGACACGGUGCUGCUGUGCGGCGCCGCCGACGACUUCGGGGGGGGCCCGGGGGGGCCGCGGGACGCGGCGGCCGCCCGGGCCCAGCUGUCCUGGCUGCGGGGCCGCCUGGCCGCCGCCCGCGGGGACCGGUACCUGCUGGUGGCCGGCCACUACCCGGUGUGGUCGGUGGCCGAGCACGGCCCCACGGGCUGCCUGCUGCGCCGGCUGCGGCCCCUGCUCGCCCGCCACCGCGCCACCGCCUACCUCUGCGGCCACGACCACAACCUCCAGUUCCUGCAGGAGGCCGGCGUGGGCUACGUGGUGAGCGGGGCCGGCAACUUCAUGGUGGGCUCCCAGCAGCACCGGGGGGCCGUGCCCCCCCGCGCCCUGCGCUUCUUCUUCGGGGACCCGGCGUCGCCCGGCGGCUUCGCCCACCUGCGCCUCGACGCCCGCGCCCUCACCGUCACCUUCCUCGAGGCCACCGGCCGCGUCCUCUACCGCGUGGCCCUGCCGCCCCGCGACCUCUGAGACCCCCCCCCCCCCGCCCCACGGACCCCCCAGAAGAGCCGGGACGCGGGCCCCCCCCCCACCAUGGACCAUGGAGGUGGAGCUCUACCAGGAGCCCCAGCAUGGACCCCCCCCCAGCAUGGACCCCCACCAUGGACCCCCCCCACCAUGGACCCCCCCCUACCAUGGAUCCCCACCAGGACCCCCAGCAUGGACCAUGGAGGUGGAGCUCUACCAGGAGCCCCAGCAUGGACCCCCCCAGCAUGGACCCCCCCAUGGACCCCCAUCAUGGACCCCCCCACCAUGGACCCCCCCCUACCAUGGAACCCCACCAGGACCCCCAGCAUGGACCAUGGAGGUGGAGCUCUACCAGGAGCCCCAGCAUGGACCCCCCCAGCAUGGACCCCCCCAGCAUGGACCCCCACCAUGGACCCCCAUCAUGGACCCCCCCCUACCAUGGACCCCCACCAGGACCCCCAGCAUGGACCAUGGAGGUGGAGCUCUACCAGGAGCCCCAGCAUGGACCCCCCCGCCAUGGACCUCCAUCAUGGACCCCCAUCAUGGACCCCCCCCACCAUGGACCAUGGAGGUGGAGCUCUACCAGGACCCCCAGCAUGGACCCCCCCACCAUGGACCCCCAUCAUGGACCCCCCCGCCAUGGACCCCCCCCACCAUGGACCAUGGAGGUGGAGCUCUACCAGGACCCCCAGCAUGGACCCCCCCACCAUGGACCCCCCCCUACCAUGGAACCCCACCAGGACCCCCAGCAUGGACCAUGGAGGUGGAGCUCUACCAGGAGCCCCAGCAUGGACCCCCCCCGCCAUGGACCCCCCCCCAUGGACCCCCCCCCACCAUGGACCAUGGAGGUGGAGCUCUACCAGGACCCCCAUCAUGGACCCCCCCCGCCAUGGA